GUUACCCCCGGCCGAGCAGCUGCUGUCUGUCGCAAGGCCGCCGCGCUCUGAGGGCAGUAUGUAGGUCAGUGGAAGUAAUGCCCGCAUAAUCCCCUUUAUCUUUUUGGCUUGGUUUUUCCGCUGCUGAUUUUUAGGGCGACCCUUGGGCAGCGUUGGUCGCAAACUUCUGGGAGAGAGAGGACCUAGGAUUCACGCCGGGCUAUGUGAGCGGAUUUCUAUGGGUACCUAAUCUCAGGACACAGUAUCCAUCUCAUCAUGAUGCUUGAACAUCUGUAGCUCACUGGAGGAUUUAAAAAGGAAGUUCAGUAUGAUCUAGUUGGCUUGACCUGUGGAAAUUUUAUAAUGUCUUCUGGAACAAGUAUCAGCAGAAAUAGGCAGGCUCCCAGCCUUCAGGGUGUUGACCCAGAAACAUGCAUGAUAGUGUUUAGAACACACUGGGCACAGGUUCUGAAAAUCUUAGAGAAGCAUGAUCCUUUGAAAAAUACUCAGGCAAAGUAUGGGGCAGUCUCACCUGAUGAGGCCAGCACUGUGCAGAAUUAUGUGGAGCACAUGCUUUUCUUAUUAAUUGAGGAGCAAGCAAAAGGUGCCUCGAUGGGGCCUAUUCUGGAGUUUGUGGUCUCAGAAAACAUAAUGGAGAAGCUUUUCCUUUGGAGCCUCCGGCGAGAGUUCACUGAUGAGACAAAAAUUGAGCAACUCAAAAUGUAUGAAAUGCUCAUAACCCAGUCUCAUCAGCCUUUGCUACAUCACAAGCCCGUUUUGAAGCCUUUGAUGAUGUUGCUGAGUUCCUGCUCAGGAGCAGCCACUCCAACAGUCGAAACAGAGUUGGUUGUCCUCUUGAGCCAGCUCUGCUCUAUAAUAGCCAAAGAUCCCUCCAUUUUAGAACUCUUUUUCCACACUAGUGAGGACCAAGGAGCUGCCAAUUUCCUCAUAUUUUCCCUGCUGAUCCCCUUCAUUCAUCGAGAAGGAACAGUAGGCCAGCAGGCCCGGGAUGCACUGCUUUUCAUAAUGUCUCUAUCUGCAGAAAACAACCUUGUUGCAAACCACAUAGCAGAAAAAACCUAUUUUUGCCCAGUGCUAGCAACAGGACUAAGUGGUCUCUAUUCAUCUUUGCCUACAAAGCUGGAAGAAAAAGGAGAAGAAUGGGACUGUCUGAUGAAAGAUGACUGGCUUUUGUCACCAGCCCUUGUACAAUUCAUGAAUUCCCUUGAAUUUUGCAAUGCUGUGGUACAGGUGGCACAUCCCUUGAUAUGCAACCAGCUUGUGAAUUACAUUUACAAUGGGUUUUUGGUGCCAGUAAUGGCUCCUGCUCUCCAUAAGGUGACUGUGGAGGAAGUGAUGACUACAACUGCAUACCUGGAUCUCUUCUUGCGCAGCAUUUCGGAGCCAGCCCUCCUCAAGAUUUUCCUCCGCUUUAUUUUGCUGCACCGACAUGAAAAUAUUCAUAUCCUGGAUACACUUACCAGCAGAAUCAACACACCAUUCCGGCUCUGUGUGGUCUCCUUGGCAUUGUUCAGAACACUCAUUGGCUUGCAUUGUGAAGAUGUGAUGUUGCAGCUAGUUUUAAGGUAUCUAAUCCCAUGCAACCACAUGAUGCUGAGCCAGCAGCAAGCUGUGAAAGAGACAGAUGGUUACUCUGUAUCUGCUGCAAAACUGCUGGCCCUGACACCUCUGUGCUGUUCCACCGGAAUCACUUUGACACUUGAAAGCCAAGGAAACGACUAUGUUCUCUGGACAAAACCGGCACAAACUAAAGAUCCUGGUAGACACUCUUCUGAAUCUGCUUGCAUUGUGGAGUAUGGAAGGGCUGUGGACAUCGGCUACUUGCAGUACCUGGGGGAAGCUCAAGAAGCCAUUGUUCAGUGCAUGAAAGACUGUAAGGUUUGGUCUGCCUUGUAUGAUGGAGUAAAUCCUGAUCCAGACACCUUUAUCCAGACGCUUGCAGAAGAGAACAGUACGGAUGUGGAACACCCCAUGUUUCGGCUAGAGCAAAGGACACCUAGCACAUGUAGCUUUGCACAAGCAACUCUGUUCAGUGAGAUGAUGCAGCUGGAGCUAGAAUGGGAUGAUAGCUAUGACACAGGGAUUUCUCCUGGUGGUAAUGUGAACUCACCACAACGAGAUGAUGAUCUGGGAAGCACAGAAGUGCAGCAACCUGCAGAGCCACCAAAACACAUUCAAGAAAUGAAAAAAAAUGCUAUUAUGAUCAUCAAAGGUUCUUACAUAGAGGAGUCAGACUUUCAGGAUGAUGUUAUGGUUUACAGGUUAUGUGCCCAGAAGGAUACUCAAGAUGAUGACUGCUCCAAGGAGAAACCUUUAAAUGUACCCAGAGAACACAAGGUGCAGAGCCAGACCAUAGUCACUGGGUCUUUUGCUAAGACCCAGCUGGAAAUGGACUUGGAUGAGCACAGUAAGAGAAAUUCAAGCUCAACUAAGGUUGUAAUUAGAGAACAAAUAAACCAGAAAAUUACUGAGAUUGAUCCAAAGCCAGACUUAAAGAUUUCUUCUCAGGAGGCAGAUUGUAACUUAAGUGUAAAACUUCUGAGCACAGAUGGUGAGGAUUUCAUUGCACACUAUGACAGAAUUAUCAAGGAACUAGAUCCAAACAGUGUACGCUUGGAGGAGCAGAAGUUGGAUGCUCCUGAUCCUGUCUCUCCAGCAGAAGAAGAGGAGGACUUUGAGCAUUUCUCAGCAGAUACCCCUUCUGCAGAGAGCAUAUCAUCUCCCUUUGGACCAAAGGAGGAUGUCUCUCCCAAGCACUCUCCAAGGAGCCAGAGUGUGCCGUUUACAGGACCAUUUAUCAGUGUAGUACUGUCGAAGCUGGAGAACAUGUUGGAGAAUUCCUUGCAUGUAAAUUUGCUGCUUAUUGGGAUUAUUACUCAGCUGGCAAGUUAUCCACAGCCGCUUCUUUGCUCCUUUCUGCUCAAGACCGACAUGGUGUUUCAGCCUAGCGUGCGCUCACUCUAUCAGGUGCUGGCAUCUGUGAAAAGUAAGAUUGAACAUUUUGCAUCCGUUGAAAAAGAUUUCCCAGGUCUUCUCCUGGAGGCCCAACAGUACUUGCUUUCUCGUGUGGACAUGUCUGAUGCUGCAGAAGAAUUGCUCACUGAAGGUAAUUUCCAGCACAGCAGCAACACAGGAAAAGGAAAGAAUCUUCCUGAAGCUUUCCCGGCUGUACUGCAGCCUUUCCUGGGACAGAAAGGAAGGAAAGGCGUGACUCAUCCCAGCCUUCCUGCGCACGUGAGGAACGCUGUACUUGCAGCUGCCCUUUUCCCAGAGUUCCUGAAGGAGCUGGCAGCUCUAGCCCAGGAGCAUUCCAUUUUAUGUUACAAAAUAUUGGGGGAUUUUGAAGAUUAUUAUUAGUGGCUUUUUUAACAUGUGUUUGGAGUUUAUGCAGAUUUUUAAUGUGAAGCUGCUUUCAAAAGAAGUUUGUACUUCAAUAUUUCCUGAAAAUACUUGAUUUGGAGGGGGAAGAAGGAAGCAAAAUAUUAUUCCAGUUAGGCUUUACAAUUUUCAUCUGUGCUACAUAACUUUCUUGAGAUUUCUGAUACUGCUCAUACUGCAGCUUCCUUCUUCAGCCCUUCCUCUUUACAGAGCCACCCUUCUUCAGUAUCACUAAUUCCUGUUGAAUUUCUGCAAGAGACACUUGUUGGCUGGCUAAGAGACACAAACACAUUAGCUUUUUUUGUUCCAGAAAUACUCUUCUGAAUAACUUGUUAGGAGACAAGUUUGCUUGAAAAAACAUUACCCCAUGGGAAAAGUUCACAGUUUAAAAAGACAUGCAAAAUCUGCACAAAACCCAUUUAUGUGAAGGUCUGUGCUUCUUGAUGUCAUUGUCCUCUUUUCUUUUCCAUUGCUUCACCCUGAAGUGGGGUUCUUACCAAUCCACAUCCAAAACCCCCUUUUUAACUACUGGCUCAAAUUUUCUGAAUUCAAGUGAUCUUAUGUGUAGUAAACCUAUGAGUAGCUGAAAGGAGGUGCUGGACCCUGCACAUACCAUGUUGCCUUACAUUGCAGACAGAUCUGUAUCUAUCAGCUGUUGGGCUUUGAAGUCCAGUGAAGUGUGUAAGUGGAUGUAGAUUGCAGACUGCCUGGAAUUUUCCUUGCAGUUCCUCGGCAUUGCUUGAUAACUAUUGCAUUGCUACCUAAGCCCACAAGCAUGCCUUAUUUAGUAAGAUUUGCACAAAAUACAAAGUAAAAUGUUUCUAUGCAAGCUGUUAUUAGUGUCUAGUUUAUUUGUAUGCUUGUUAUAACAAGCUAAAGAAAGAUACUCAGGAUCUGUAUUGUUAAAUGGACAGUGGGCUAUUUUUGUCUUUGUCUAUUUUUUAUUAAAAAGGGUUUGCUUGCUCAUGAAAGGUGUACUGUUUUAUUGUUAAUUUCUUUUGGUUAAGGGAAAGUUAAGUACUGUUUGUUUACUUUUAAUUUAGGUGUUGACUUUUCCUAAGAUUGCACUUUUGGGAUGGUGAGGGGAGGACCAGGCUAUUCACCAGCUGCAGAAAAGGAAGGAGUAAUGGGGAAAGCUGUCUGCUGGUGACUAACUUGAGAAAAUUCUCUUGUGUGAGUAAUGGCCUUCAUUAGAAGAACCCAAACAUGAUGAAUUGGUGCAUCAAUACUGCAUUUUGUCUUUUUAUCUGCAUAAUUGUGCUUCCAAUGUGUUCUAGUUUGCUACAUAAAGCGGGGCCUAAUACAAGAAAGACAUGAACCCUUUUGUCCAGGAUUCAAACUAACAGUGACUCCAAAAAUGUGAAGAAACAGAAAUCAGAAGUAAUACUUGCAUAUAUUAGUAAUCAUCUUCAUGGUAAUUCCAUAAUAUGGAAUUCCAGUUAAUCGCAUCCUGAUUUUGAAACACACUUUCUCAGAGAUUUAAAGAAAAAAAACAGUUUAAAAAACAAAAACCAAAGAUGCUCAAGAACAGUCUAAUUAACUGUCAGUCAAAUUCCUCUGGAAAGUGCAGUGCACUUUAAGCUCCUAAAUCCUUUAGAUAGUCCUGAAAAGUUCUGCCUUUUAUUUACAAGGUAUAGAUUAAAGUGACUGCAUUCAUUGUGUCAUCCUGCUGUAGGCUGUUAAAAAAAAACCCCAAAAAACAAACAAAAAACCCCACCAAAGUCUAUCUCCAACAAAAUUAUCACCAGUACUUCUCUGGGUCCAUCUUUACUUGUUUGCUGCACAGUCUUCACUUCCAUGAUGGCUGGGAAUGCUAUUGCCUCCUAGAUGACUCUCUCUGGUUUGCUUUCAUUUGUGACUUUAGUUUUGCAGGUGUCACUGCAUCACCAUUCUGCAAAUCACUUACUGGCCUCUACAUGGCCCUCUUUCACCUCACCAGCUUCUUUGGAAGCUAAAGCCAAAGCUGUGGGGUUUUCCCUUAAGUGUUAGUUAUCCAGGUUGAAGAGAGCUCUUUCUUUUUCAGUUCACCCCACCCCUGAGUAGCUGUAAAUGGGUAAUGAGAUUGAUGGAUUUCUUUUUAAAAAAAAAUAAAAAUAUUUAAACUUGUUCUAGGGCACUGCAAAUCCUUUCCCCACUCCCCCAUUUCUGCUGCCUUCCAUGCUGUAGUCACAGGCUUGGCCUGUGGGGAUUCAGUGUAUGUGUUGGAAGUGCUUUAGCAUUAUGGUUGUAGGGUCAGUGCUUGCUCUGCUUCUUACCUCUUCUGCAAGAACUUUGUGAGCAAAAGGCAGGCUUGAUCAGCUGACUUUUAGUGGUUCAGAAACAAGUGCUAAAAUGCAGAAGCAAUUCAAUAAUUUUUUUGAGAACUUUUUAAAAAGUAAUUAGAAAGAUUAUUUCACUUUUUCAAAAAUAAAGAACUCUGCAGACCAGCUCUCAAGAGAAUAAAUCACUACCUGAACACUCCCUUUCUUUGUUUGUAUCCUAAACUAAGAAUCCUUAUUUGCUGGGUAAAAGGGAUUUCUUUUGAGAUUGUUAAUUUUAACUGGUGUUCAACAAAUGUACAAAAUCACUGUUUGAUCCCAGCAGGUCUGUUAAGUUACAUGAGGAUUUUAAAAUGUGGGCUGCUCAUAAAAGCAUCUGUAAAUUUGAGGAAGCAGAGGAUUUUCUUCAUAAGUUUUAGUAGAGCUUAUGUUCUACAUCCAGUAGGGUAAAGUCAGCUUAUCUGGAACUGUGUGGCAGGUUUCUUGCUGAAAGGCCAGAGCUGUAUUUGUGUACAGUGUCCCUCAAAAACGGGAAACAUCUGUCAGCUCCCCCAAAGGAAGAAGUGGAUGAGUGCAGUGACCCUGGCUUAGAAUGUUAAAAUGCCAAUCAUACAUGUACCUUCGUAUUUCUUGUUUUCUGAGUGGGAUCAGACUUGCAGCUCUGUCUCAGAUGUAAUAGCAAUAUAAUGUCUGGCAGCUAGCGCAAAAAACUAUUGGUGAGAAUUGCUUCUUAAAUCGUGUCUGUGUGCAUAAGCUCUUCAGCUAAAUGCUUCUCUAAUAAGCCUCUUCCCUCCAGUUAGAUGAUGUGUAAUCCUGUCUCUCAGCAGAUACAUCCUUUCCCAAAAAAACCCUGUUCGUGUGGUCCAAGCAGUGGUCCUGUCUGUAGGCCCCUGGAGGACAACAGCCUUAUGCUGCUCUUUCCAAGAACAAGGAAGUGCUUUGUGGUCUGGUUUUCCCCCCACUCAUGUGGGUAUGUGACUGGAGCAGUCCCUCUUUAGUACAUUGGCUCAGCAUCAGUCCCAAAUGAAGUGCCUUGGCAGAUCUAUUCCAAAGACUGCAGGUGGUGGCUCAGUGAUACCAAAGUGAAUUUCCAGGCUACUAGAUGUUUCAAAUUGUGGAUGCCACAUUUCCAAUUAUGUAGCCUUGGAAUGUGUUUUUAAGCUGAUCUGCUAAAGCAACGAAUCUUUCCAGCAUUUUCAACAUGCUUUUCUGUGUGUAUGUAUUUUUGGUUUGGUUUUUGUUCAUUUUGUUUUUGCCACCUACCUAUAAAGUGAGCAUUUUGUCUUCAAAAAUUUGUAGUCAUUCUCUUUUACCUUUGGGUAUUUAUGGAUGCUUUCUGGGUUGGUCUCAGUAAACAUACACAAGAUUUAUACUAAUUGGACUAAAGCACUGUCCUGGUUUGAAGGACAGGUGUCUGCCAAUAAAGGCAGAAGUUUUCCUUUGAAGUAGAGACCUUAAUUCCACUCCCCCCAAGUAUUAUAAAUGUUUGAAUCAGAGACUCUAAGGCAGAUAUAAGGGGUAGGAAUAAUAGCUCUUUUACUAAUAUAUCUAACCAUACAAGCAGAAACGACAGCAGUUGUUAAAAUUACCAACAAAACAGAACAGAUAACUCGGUUCCAGUCCUUUCUUUAGCUGUGGGCACACUCUCGGUGGGAGCAGAGGCGGGAGGGGGCAGCCUUCUCCUUCAGUAGCUUGUGCAACCUGUUGUGUGGGGCUCCAUACAGCUGCUUUCCACUUCUGGUUCAUUCCCACAAUGCGGCAGGAACUGUUAGUGAAAAGGGCGUAGCAUGUUUCAUCUGCUGGCAAUUGGUUGUACGGUAGAGCUUCUUCAGCCCGAGUCAUUUGCUUCUGCUCUUCUUCAUCAGCUAGACCAAAAUCUUCACCUUCUGGCCAAUUUGUAAUUAUCUCCAAAAUCCCAGGGCGAUUCGGGUUGCCAAUACGGGCGCGCUGCGUGAUGAGGGCAAUCCACUUGCUCCAUGUGGCGUCGGUGGCGUGGUGGGUAGAGGGACCUUUCCUUUGAACAUCCACCCCAGCACUGGCAGUCAGGGUGCCAGGAGAAGUUGUGCUUUCGUGCCAGUCACCUCUGAGGCAGCUUGAACUCCUUCAUAGACAACCAAGAUUUCCAUCUCUGUGGGAGUGUAAUUGGCUUCAGAUCCUUUGUAACUUCUGUUCUGGAAUCCCAGUGGUCGGCCUCAGGUCUCACCAGGCACCUUCUGCCAAAGGCUCCAGGACAGACCAUGGUUCCCGGCUGCAGAGUAGAGCACAUUCUUUACCUCUGGUCCUGUCCUGACUGGGCCAAGGGCUACUGCAUGAGCGAUCUCCUGUUUGAUCUGAGCGAAGGCUUGCUGUUGUUCAGGGCCCCAGUGGAAAUC